AAUACCAAAAUCCAUAAACUCACACCCUAAGAGAGCAAAAUAUUUUCUUCUAUCUCAUCCUUUCUUUUAGUUUUAUUUUUAUUUUUUUAUCUUGGGUAAAAAAAAUCAUGGGUGUUUUCACUUCUGAAAGCGAACACGUUUCCCCCGUCUCUGCUGCAAAAUUAUACAAAGCUAUUGUCCUAGAUGCCAGCAAUGUCUUCCCAAAAGCAUUGCCAAAUUUCAUUAAGAGCGUAGAAACCAUUGAAGGAGAUGGAGGGCCAGGAACCAUUAAGAAGCUUACUCUUGCUGAAGGUUUAGGUUAUGUGAAGCACCACGUAGAUGCAAUUGACACAGAAAACUAUGUGUACAACUAUAGUGUGAUUGAAGGCAGUGCAUUGUCGGAGCCAUUGGAGAAGAUAUGUUAUGAGUACAAACUGGUGGCAACCCCAGAUGGAGGAUCCAUUGUGAAGUCCACAAGCAAAUACUAUACCAAAGGUGAUGAGCAACUCGCCGAAGAAUAUGUGAAGACUGGCAAGGAGAGAUCUGCAGGUUUCACCAAGGCUAUUGAGGAUUUCAUUCAGGCUAAUCCUGAUUACAACUAAUUAAGUCACCAAUUAUAAUUAUGUCUCAGUUUUAUUAAUUAUGGUCAUUUUGUGUUUUUUUUUUCCCUUCUUGUCGUGUGUUGCUUUAAUUUCCAAUAAAAUUAUUGUUUGACUUUGCUUCAUGAGAAAAGUUUGAGAUUAUUACAAACUGGUUUGUGUACCCAUCAUUAUUGUAUAUUUUCGUUAUCCUUUUGUUAUAUAUCAAUAUCGAUCGAUCAAUGUUUCUCUCUUCAA